AAAAAGAAAAAGAAACCAAGCUAUGGAAGAAGAGAGGGGAGCUCAAGCUCAAUUGUGGAAGCACAUCUAUGGCUUUGCCGACUCGCUAACACUCAAGUGCGCAAUCGAUCUCGGUAUCGCAGAUAUCAUCCACAAGCACGGUGGGCCCAUGACCCUACAAGAGCUAGCGUCAGCUCUCCCAAUCCCAACCGUUAACAUAGACCACUUCUAUCGGAUCAUGCGGUACUUGGUCCACAUGAAACUUUUCAAUCUCAUCAUCGACGGUGAGAAGAAGUACACGCUAACGCCAGCCUCGAAACUCCUACUGAAAGACCAAGACAAGAGCCUGGCGUCGUUCGCAUUGCUACAAUACUAUGAAAUGGGAGCAUGGAACUACCUAAGUGCUGCUGUCGAAGGGAAGACGACGCCGUGGGAGAAAUUUCAUGGUGUGAGCUAUAGGGAUUACUUUGAAAAAGACAAGAAAGCGAACCAGCUGCUAAGUGAUGCCAUGACGAGCCAUACAAGCAUGGUGACUGCUGCGCUCGUGAGGGGUUGCCAGAGCAGUGGCAUACUCGACGGCGUGCGGUCGCUUAUAGAUGUUGGUGGGAGCACAGGCGUGGCGGCAAGGGCGAUCGCUAAGGCUUUUCCGUAUAUUAAGUGUGCUGUUUUCGAUCUCCCUCAUGUUAUAGCUACCGCACCGGAGUGUGCUGAGGUCGAACGCAUUAAAGGCGACAUGUUUGCUUCUAUUCCGAAGACAGAUGUUGUCUUCAUGAAGUCUGUCCUUCAUGACUGGGAUGAUGAAGACUGCAUCAAGAUUCUGAAGAAAUGCAAAGAAGCAAUACCCGAAAAUGGGAAGUUGGUCAUCGUCGACAUUGUCAUGGACGUCCAGUCCACCUACGAGUUCACGGGUGCACGGUUAGGCAUGGAAAUGGACAUGCUCAUCACCGUCGGAGGAAAGGAAAGGAGCGAGGAGGAAUGGCGAAAGCUCAUCGAAACUGCUGGUUACAGCCGGUACAAGAUAACGCCAAUUGUCGCUAUCGAAUCGAUUAUUGAAGUUUUUCCUUAGUUAGGCAAAAUUUUCACUCUUGAUCUUUUCUUGUGAUAGAUACUUUGAUGGUGUUUUGCCUUAAGUUCUGAAAAAGAUGUUAUGGAUCUUUGAGCCAUGUUUUCAGCUUGAAAUAAAAUGAAGGAAAAUUCUCCAAA